AUGAGCUAUCGUGCAAUCCAGCGCCUGCGAGAGGAACGAGAAUCCACAGCCCGAGAUGAUGACGGCUCAGAUACUGAGGAUGACUAUGAUGGGCCACCUGUAAGAUCAAGUGGGUUUGCCGCAUCCUUCAUGGAUAACUCAUCAUCUUCAUCGUCAUCGGAUGGUGAGAGUGGAGACGAGGAGGAUGAUGAUGCGUCGGCCAAAUAUGAUGCGGGCGAAAAUGUAAUACAGAAGCAAAGAUCAAAAUCAAGUGAUCAAAAAGCUGGUGUUGCACCAAGAGAAGAAAACUUGGACGAAAUCCUCAACGAGUUUAAGCUGCAGGAUGAUGAAGCACCGAACAAGGUCGAAAACAGCUCUACUUCAGCUCCAUGGUUCGACAUUAUAACGUCGUCAAUCGAUCUUCGAGAUUUGGAUUUUGACUUUGUGAUGAGAACCUCUCUUCUUGGAGGUGGCGACUCAGAAGCAUCUUCUCGUGCUGGAAAUCGUCGCGGGAGACAAGCGAACCUCUUUGGACCUCCAAAAGAUGGAUGGCCACGAGCUCCCCGAUAUGUUGGAGGGGGAAUUGGAAUGGUAACCUAUGAAAGUGCCCCUCGACAACUGCCGUGGCCAUAUUCGGACUUGAAAACUGGAGACGAAAGAUGUGCACCAGACAGCGAGUGCUUUUCUUUCCAAUACUCUGACUCUUAUCAGCGAGAUUGCAGAGACUUUGGACGCGUUCAGAUGUCUGGUGAUGUCAAUAUGUUGGCUCUCUUUUGCGCCCAUCAUCCUUUUUCUAUUGAUGCUUUGUUGCAACUGUCAACAGUUUUAUACCAAACGAGUCAAAGUCAGGAAGGGCACGUUCUCAUCCAGCGGGCACUUUGGGUUUACGAGUGCUCCUUCUUGAAUUCAUUUAUAAAGAAGACUUUUGGUUUUAUGGACCAUGAUUUACAGGAAAACCAAGCUUUCUUCGAGACCCUAUUCCGUAUGGUUAGAAUCUGCCACGUAGCUGGUCUUCCACGAGCUGGACUUGCCUACUCAAAACUUUUGCUGUCGUUGGACCCAUUGCGAGAUCCCAAGAAUAUGCUUUUAGUUUUGGAUCACUUUGUCACACUCGCAAAUACGAAGGAAGAUGAUCAAUGGCUUGUUGAUUUCAUGGAGAGCGAAACGAUCAGUAUUUUCGAACGUCGCGAGGAUGGAUCAAAAGAAUACGAAUGUCAGCUAGAGAGCCUCCCAAACUUGGCAUAUUCCUAUGCCCUGGCUCUUUACCGUAACUUUCAACGAGAACAGACCACUAAAUCAGAGGAUAAAGCCAAGGGUGCAAUGAAAAGGGCGCUGCUCAACUUCCCAUCAGUUUUUGAGAGAAUCCUUUCAAAGAAUGAUGUUGACGUGUCCAGUGCUACAUUCCAGAAAGGUCUGCAGUACACAAAAGAGCGAUCCAUUCUUGUCUUGAACGCUAUUUCAAGUGCCGUUGGAGACAGCAAAGAGAUCCAGUCAAGGAUAGCCCAGGCCCACGAUCUUACUAUUAGAAUUUUUGUGGAUUCCAACUUCAAGCUUUGGGGUUUAUCGAAUAUUCACGCUUUUAUGCUCUCUUGUAUCGAAGAGUUGGGAGAAGAGCCAGUGAAGCCCUUGGACCCUGCUCUCCUUCGAUACGCUAAUUGCGAUCCUGUAGAUUUCGUUGACAGGUUUCAAACGAUGCCAGCCGAGGCGAACCCCUUGGAUAGAGGGCUUGUUGCACACGCCAUGAAUGUCGAAACAAACCGCCCAAGAUUCAUGCAGAGAGCUGCACAAGGUGGGAGAGACGACCAAAUGAUGGAAAUGAUUGCCAAUGCACAACAACAAGGAUUUGCAGGACCACCAACCGAGAUGAUUGACCCUGACUGGCCGCUUUUGGAAGUGUUUUGGAGAUCAGCUCUACCUUGGGCUCAUGUUGAAGGGGUGGAACGCCCGCCAGAGUAA